AUGGCGCCACCAUCAAAGCUGACCAAGAAGCAGCUGGUGAAGCAUCGCACGUCGUCAACUCCGUCCAACGGCAAAAAGACGGGCGGAUUCCAAGUCGGCCCUAAGCAUCUUCCAGAUGGUGCCUACCUGGGCAAGCACAAACGCAUCAAAGCUGAACUUAUCCACAAGGCCAAAGUCAAGAAGGAAUACUAUAAACAGCUCAAGCAAGACAAGACGGGUGGAGCGAGCGGUACGAAUUCGAAUGCUGCACCAUUAGGAAAGAGGGGUAGUGCUGCAGACCGAAACGACGAUGGUUCGAACUCGCCUUUUGCAUUGCCCAAAGAUCAGGGUCGAUUCGCGCCCGAAAAUGGCGCCGAUGGAAAUGAGGAAAGCACACAGCUAGAUCUGGCGCUGUCAGGUGGCAAACAGGAUCUCCGACCAAGAAAUGUGGCAGGCAAAGGCAAGGGCAAAAAGCCAUUGCCACAUCCGUUACCAAAAGCAGCCGCUCCCCGCGAGGAAGACGUUGACAAGGUCAGGGAUACAAGAAGUAAAGAGGAAAAGGAGCAAGACCGAUUGAAGAAAAACAAGAUGUGGAACAAGCCCAGCGGUAGCCGUACGGGCCAGGCAAGAGGACAGCCCAACCUGGGAGCGAGGAUGGAAGUGAUGCUCGACAAGAUCCGCAAAUCCACUCGAUAG